UCAACGAGAACGGCCAUCUUCUCUCUCCGGGCUUGAGAAGACAAGUGUUACAACAGAUAUGGCUGACUACUCGAACGUGGCUCCGCCGUCGGGAAAUGGCGCCGGAAUGAACGACGCUUUUAAAGACGCACUUCAGCGAGCUAGACAGAUCGCCGCUAAGAUUGGUGGUGACGGCGUUCCCGCAGCGCCCUCGGGUAAUGAGUUUGGCUACGGAGGCCAGAAGCGACCCCUAGAAGACGCCGAUGACUGUUGGACCAGUCUAAACAGUAGAACCCACCGGGAAGGGAUGAACUCUCCUUUCUCAGACCAACCAGAGACCAAGAAGGUGGCACCGAAUGACCCGUUCGCAGCAGCGAUGGGAAUGGGAGGAAUGGGAGGUGGUGGACCACGGUCGUCAUCAGAGGAGUUCAAGGUUCCUGACGGGAUGGUUGGAUUCAUUAUUGGAAGAGGAGGAGAACAGAUAUCCCGCAUGCAGCAAGAGUCGGGAUGCAAAAUCCAGAUCGCCCCCGACAGUGGAGGAAUGCCUGAUAGGUCAGUCACACUGACAGGAUCCCCAGACUCAAUACAAGCUGCCAAGAGGCUGCUGACGGAGAUCGUUGAUAAGGGUCGUCCUACUCCAGCCUUCCACCACAACGACGCCGGUGGCCCCGGUAUGUCUGUCCAGGAGAUGCUGGUGCCUGCCUCCAAGGCUGGCCUGGUCAUCGGGAAGGGAGGAGAGACCAUCAAACAGCUGCAGGAGAGGGCCGGGGUCAAGAUGGUGAUGAUCCAGGAAGGGCCUCAGAACACAGGAGCGGACAAACCUCUACGCAUCUCUGGGGAACCUUUUAAAGUCCAGCAAGCCAAAGACAUGGUGAUGGAGCUGAUCAGAGAGCAGGGCUUCAGGGAGCAGAGAGGGGAGUACGGCUCCAGGAUGGGUGGCGGCGGAGGAGGAGGAGGUGAGGGCCUGGAUGUUCCUGUCCCCAGGUUUGCGGUAGGAAUCGUGAUCGGGAGAAACGGAGAGAUGAUCAAGAAGAUCCAGAGCGACACAGGAGUCAGGAUCCAGUUCAAACCAGACGACGGCAGUACCCCGGAGAGGAUAGCCCAGAUCGUGGGUCCUCCUGAGCAGUCCCAGCAUGCAGCAGAGAUAAUCUCUGACCUUUUGAGGAGUGUCCAGCAGGGGGGGCCGGGCGGUCCUAACGGAGGGGGCAGGGGUAGAGGCAGGGGGGGUAACGGGGGUGGUAACUGGAACAUGGGUCCUCCAGGAGGACUGCAGGAGUUCACCUUCACCGUCCCUACCAUGAAGACUGGACUCAUCAUCGGCAAAGGAGGAGAGACCAUCAAGGGCAUCAGUCAGCAGUCUGGAGCGCGUAUUGAACUCCAGAGAAAUCCUCCCCCCAACUCCGACCCAAACAUUAAGAUGUUCACCGUCCGAGGAUCUCAUCAACAGAUAGACUACGCACGGCAGCUGGUCGAGGAGAAGAUCGGGGGUCCAGUCAGUCCAAUGGGUGGUCCCCAAGGUCCUCCAGGCCCCCACGGAGGUCCGUCUCCCCACGGCCCCCCCGGUCCUCCUGGGCACCCUGCUCAGAUGGGCCCCUACAACCCCGGCCCCUACAACCAGGGACCACCAGGACCACAUGGUCCUCCGGCUCCCUACCAGCCUCAGGGUUGGGGCAACGGCUUCCCUCACUGGCAGCAAGGACAGCCUGAUCCUGGUAAAGCUGCAGCUGAUGCCAACGCAGCGGCCUGGGCAGCGUAUUACUCCCAGUACCAGCAGCAACCCCAGGCCCCCAUGACGCCCACCGGCGGUGCCCCUGGCACCACACAGGCCAACGGGCAAGGGCAGCAAAGUCAGCAACCACAGGACUACACCAAAGCCUGGGAGGAGUACUACAAGAAACAAGGUCAAGCGGCCCCUCAGGCGGGAGCAGCACCAGGUGGUCAGCCAGCCGGUCAGCCAGCUGGUCAGCCGGACUACAGUGCUGCCUGGGCAGAGUACUACCGUCAGCAGGCUGCUUACUACGGACAGGGCAGCCCACAGGCCAUGGGAGCACAGCCACAAGCACCUCAGGUACACCUCCAGUAAGACUUGUACCGUCCUACCCCCGGUUCCCGCUGUCUCCUCGCACCACCCUUGUUUGACUUCUCCACUAUCUUUUCUGUUUCCUGUAUUGUCGGUCUUGUCUUUAAAAAAAAAAUGGCCGCCGAGACUGUAGCCUUCAUUUCAACUCCCUUGCUGUGUUUUUUUUCUUUUUAUAAAGCCCUGUCUCUAGCUCGUCUGUUUUUGUCGUUAACCCCGUUCCUUCCUCAAGGUGUUCUAGGGGGGAAGCAGAGGAGUCGGUGUGGCCCGCGAGAAGAAACUAAAGCUAGUUACUCUUCCCUCUCUUUUUUUAACAUUUUAAAACAGGGUUAAUAUGAUGUAUGGAGACGCUGCGUCCGUGGGUUCUGCUGUUAACAUGGCCUGUGUUUUUAUGUAUUUCUUCUGCACAGGGCCAGUAAUGUGAAGUGGACAUAAAGUAAAUGCGACAUUGUGGAAACAAAAACCCUUUGUUAAAUGUGUUGGAUGGUGCAGAUGCCUUGAAGAUCUUAAUUUCCCCCUUUGGUUGGUUGUUUUCAAGUGUUUCACAAUAAUGUGAUGGCAGCAGUCUACCCGGAGACACAAACCCUUCAUCCUUUGCUAUCUUUUUGGUUUUUCAACUUUUUUUUCUCCCCCUUGUAAAUGAACGGUUUUGGGUUUUUAGUGAGGUAAUUAUAUGUUCAUUCCAGCCCCAUGUAUCUUCAUGCUAUGUGGUUCAAGAGCUCCUGUUAUUUAGCUAGUUUACCAUGGAAAAUCAUCUCCGUUUUUAAAUAAUAUGCCUGUUGUGUUUUGCAAUAAAACUAAGUGAAACCUCCUGUGUUGGUAAGUUGGGUUGGUAAUAACUAUUACAAUAUGAACUCGACUUCAAAUCGUGUACUUUUUUUUUGUUUUUUUGUUUUACAAUGUUCAGUUUCUCUCCAACUCUACACAGCUCCUGGUAACUUAGUACAAUGUUUUUAGAUGUGUCCUUCGCUCUGCCUUUUUGACUGGGGGGGGGGGGGGGGUCCAGUUUCGGUGUUCCCCAAGGUUCUGUUUUAGGACCACUAUUGAAUAGAAUAAUUUACCUGUCUUUACUCUUGGUUAUUAGUCUUUUUGUUGUUUUUUCCCCUACCUCUCCGCCUGUAUUAUAGGACUAGACUGUUUCUUAUACCAUCAUGUAGUAUUAGUGGCAUAAUGUUAUGAUACAUCUGGACUCAUGCAUUACCUGUAGUGUUUGGUUGUUGUGGCAUCUCUGUCAAACAACUGAUCGAAUCUUGUCUGUUGUGUUGACUGGCUGGUUGAGAAUGAAAUGGUACCCUAUUUCCUGUUUAGUGCACAAGGCUCCCUUAAAUGUAGUGCUCUAUAUAGGGAAUAGGGUGUCGUCAUUGGAGACAUCCUGAAGCCGACUUUGUUGAGGUAACGUUAGUGUGCUGCAUUGUUUUCAUAUAAAAAGAGUAACUUCCUCCUUCACAGCCAAGCGUAGACAAGCGGUAAGCAAAGCAAGUAUAUAUAUAUAUGGAGAGAGAAAUAAUUUAAUCCGAAAUGUUCCUCAGAAAAUGUGACUCUCACUGUCGACAUGUUGCUUUAGUUUAUUCUAGGUUUGUUUUUGCUGCUCCUUGUGUCUCUUCCAGGACAGGUAAACUGACGUGUUCUGCUGUAUUGCAUUGCAUUCAAACGUUUGUUUCUCUCCCCACCCCCCCCCCCCUCUAAAAUGUAUACAUUUCCUGGCCUUUUGAUACUAUAAAAGAACGUGACAUGCAAAAGUGGUAUUUUUUUAUUUUUGCUCUGCCUAUGCAUUGUUCUGUUAGUUUACCCAACGGCUGGAACGUAGGUUGUCUGUAGGGCCGAGGGGUGGUCUGAGCUGGUCUGAGCGGUACCAUCAGCCAACAGGGUUGACCUCUGACCUCCUACUCUGUAAGUACAAUACUGUGACUAUAUAUAACAAACCCAGUUAUUUUCUGGCUGUCAAUGUAUUUCUUUGACUGAUGAUUAUAAAACUUAUUGUUUCUGUCAAAUUGCAUAUUUUUCCUUAAAAAAAAAAUACUGGGUAAGUAUCAAAAGUUAUGAUAAAGUACAGUAUCUUGGAAUUGUCAUUUAGAAAUUAUAACCAUUUAACCAUUUGGACAUAGAUUACAUUGAAUAUUGCAUUGUAGUUCAAUCUAGGCUCUGUUUUUUUUUUAGGUAGGAAAGUGUUCUGUCAUAAUACCAGUCGGACUGUUCUGUUGGAACUCUGAACUGAAGGUUCUGUUCCUUGCGAUGCAGAAUGCUUUGCGCAGUGGUUCAUUUAGGAAUGUUAGAAAUCGAUAACGUGCUUGAUUUUUUUAGGAUGGAUAAUGGAUAACAACAAUCCGUUUUUUUUCAAGUGCCAUUGCUUAGCCAGAACAGAGAUGUAAUUAUGAAUUUAUUUCAUCAAUAUUUGAAAAAGAAAUGCCAUUUGAUAAGUCAAGAAUUUAGUUACUAUUAGAUAUGCAUAUUUUUUCACUGCAGUAAUGGUGUGAUUCAGUCUGAAAUGUUCUAGCUUUCCCCCCCAUAGUAGCAUUUUGAAGUUGUUUCUAUGCUGUUUAUUGAUGUCUCCAGCAUGUUGGGUUGUCAUUCAGUAGAAUGUUCUACAAGUGCUUCUGAUUUCUGAGUGAUACAGUUAUCCCAUGGACGUUUCCCAUUCUAUUGCUAUUGAGUGCUGUUCUGAAACAAAACCUAUAAGGCUGUUUUGAACUGAAAUGAGUGGCAAACGGUGCAAAUAUCAUAUGUGUGAUCUUUGCAGUAUCACUGUCAUCCCAGACCUCGAUCCCCUUAGGUUCUGCUGCGGUCACACAGGUAAGCGACCCUAAGGAAAACAGCUGUGUUCUGACCUAUCAUAUACAGGAUAUAUAUUUACACCCAGAUGGGGAUCUGUUUUAUACUCACUUGAAUUUGCCUGAUUUUAUAUUUCUGCUUACCUGUGCUGUGUAGUAACUCUAGCUGUGCUCCUGAUAUUAAUGAGUCAUGUCCAGGUAGGAUUCGUAGUGAUAUCAACAGCUGUUUUUUUUGUUUGUUCAUAGAGUAUAUUGAUGAUAGUGCUGUGAUUUGAUGGUGAUUAAUGAUUUGCAUGGUUUCAACAUGAGUCGUAUGGUUUGUUAAGGAGCGGCAACGUUUUUUUCCCCUCUUAGGCCAAUUGCAAUGUGGUUUGAUGGCUUUUCCCACCUGACUUAUCGUAGUACAAUUUUGCAACAAAAAAAGCGUUCUCUCUACAUGCUGUUUUAAGUUCUCAUUUUCUGAGGUCAUUUUGUUAUUGAUAUAAACUAUCGUGAGGCAUAUUAUAACACAUAACUUGGUAAGUCUCUGCAGUGUGAUCUUUGAUGCAUAGAGCUCGAGCCCUGUACUUUUACAUUACUAUAAAACUGUAAACAGGCAACUCGGUCUGUCAUAAAGCCAGCCCUAUGUGCAUAUAUAUAUAUGCGUACGUAUUAGUAAGUCUACAAACGUUUAUGAAAGUACACCUGCAUAUGAUGCUCAAUGCUGUUCAACUGACUCAUUGGUGUUGACUGAAAGCUGUGAACUUGAAUAUGCAUUCUAUAUUGCCGCUGCCACAGUGCUGUAAUGGUGUUCUCAUAAAACCCUGCUGCCUGCCUCCUUCCACCUCUCACUCAGAUGCUGUUGGAAGCCAGAGAAGGUUCUAGAAGCCAGCGUAGGUUCUAGAUUCAGGAACAGGAACCUGUAAGUUUGUCCCUACCGUAAAGGAGACUACUCUGAGAGGCAUCCUUUGAGGCUGAUGAUCAAGGUGUAGGUGACCAUUCGAGAGCGAGUUCCAGAUAAGGUAAACAAAGCAAUGAAAUACAUAAUUGUGUGAUUUGCUCAAGUUUACCAUGCUGUUUGCUAGUUAGGGCUGUAUUAUUAGUCCAGGUUUCCCCUCGUCUCGUUCUAAAAAAAUUUUUUUAAAGGUAACAUGUCGUACAAUUAUUGCAAGUUGUCUAACUGAACUGAUGUCUAGUGUUUCUCCACAUGUUUUCAUGAUGAUUCUAUUGAAUGCCUUCCUUUGCCCGCUCACCCGCUGGGUUGUGUCCCAAAUAGAACCCUAUUCCAGACAGUGCCCUGUAGGCUCUGGUCUAAAGUAGUGUACUAGAAAUGCCAUAGGGUUCCAUUUGGGAUGUAGCCACUGUCAUAACUAGGCCUUGUUGCAUAGUUACCAAUGCUUGUCAUCAGGAUUCUAAAGUGUCUGCCAUUUUUGGUUGCAAAUGCUCCUAGAUAUUUUGUUGUGCAACCUGACUGGUUUUAUUUUGGGUGCACCAGUGUGACCAGGUAAAUAAUCGCCCAGAUAAUACUGGUCAUUUUUUUUAUUUGACCUCCUUAUUUAACUAGGCAAGUAAGUUAAGAAAAAAUAUAUAUAUAUUUACAAUGACGGUCAAACCCAAUGGGAGUCCCAUAGGGCGCCGCACAAAUCACGGCAGGUUGUGGUACAGCCUGGAAACGAACCAGGGUCUGUAGUGACGAGAUGCAGAGCCUUAGGCCGCUGCGCCCCUCGGAAGCUCUAAACUGGCCAGUUGUUUGAGUGCCCUGGAGGAGAAAGCAAGUGCAGAUUCAUACCAUCUAAAGCCUACGUGUAAAGAAUACGUCAGUGAUUUCUAUUUCUUGCACAUUUCUGACGACCUAACGGCAUGGCUGUCGGCUGCUUUGUGUAGCCAGGUAGAUGCCCAAAAAGUAAUUUCUAAAUUUUCCAAUAACUUUACAAAUUAAACGUUAACUGCAACGUAGGCUUAACUGGCAUCGUGAUAUAAUGUCACGGUCUUUUGUUUUGCGAACUUUGCUAUUGCAUACAGUACAGUAGACACCGCCAGCCAAAACCCUUUUCAGGUGCGCAAUUGAAAUUAUUAAGGGAAACUAUACAUAUUUUCUUCCCCAGACUACUUAAGUGGGCUCCUGAUCUAGUGUUAAGCAUCGCUGUGGACUUAGAAUAUCCUAUUUAUUUUUGUGAUUGAGUGAACCUUAUUAAAUAAGAAGGGGAGGGGGGGGUCCCACACAAGAGGUAAAGAUUUUGGUGUCAUGGCAAAUGCAUUGGCUAGUAAAAAAAACAAACAUAUAGCCAUUUUUUUUUUUUUUUUUGGUGGACAACUUUUUUAGUCCCUGUUCAUAAACCAGGUCGUGGGUCGUUCCAAAGCUGCUCACUGGUGUUUUUUAAAAUAUUUUUCUAUUUGUAUUUUUGUUUAGUCAUGUUACCUCAGCCUAGCUAGCUAACAACCUGGUUACUUUACCAGUAUAUCAAACAUCUGGGGGCACAGAGGGACAGGAAGAGUUAGCUUCUUCAGGAGAUCAUUGAAUGACUUGACUUGCAUGUCUCAUCACGAACUUGAUGCUCUUAAAGAGACAGUGUAGAAUUUAAUCAUCUCAAUAGGUAGUGCUUUGACACAAUGUCGAAACCUAGUAUUCCAUAAAUGACUAAUCAAUGGAAGGUUUUUCAAUCAACAUUUUCUUUCUACAGGGUUUAAUAUUAGUUUCUAGAGCUCAACAAUGUGCUUCAAAAGUAGCUUGAAUUAAUUUAAAGCCCAUUAUGCUUCCUCAAACCAAAAAAAUACAAAUAUUCUGGUGUGCCUAGAUCAUUUUAAGUUAGGAGCACCAGUGCUACCACUGUUAAUUUAGACCCCAGCUAGAGAGUUAGAUGAGAUGUAACCAGGAAUUGCUGCUUUUGUGUUUUUCAACCAUUAUGGCAGGAAAUUGUAGUUGGCUGUUCUAGUUUUCACUUCAUUCAUGAGAACCCACAUACCUCUGCUAGCGAUUUUGCUAUUCACGUUUUUUUCAUAAAUUAGUGUAAUCUGUGUGUUAGAUGCUCUGUCAUCUCUGAGCAAAGUGUUUCAAGGAGUUUGGGGGCUAGGUGUCGUUUGGGGGCUAGGUGUCGUUUGGGGGCUAGGUGUCGUUUGGGGGCUAGGUGUCGUUUGGGGGCUAGGUGUCGUUUGGGGGCUAGGUGUCGUCUAGAAGACUAAAUCAGAAGGGAGAAAUAUGGAGCAUGCCUUAGAGGUAAACAAAUUGAAACAUGUUUCUUGUGAUGCCUUAAUAUUAUCAAAUGUAUAUUUUUUUUGGUUUUGUUUCCUGUCUUUAUGAAAUGACUGUUCUGCAUCUUUGUUGCCCUGUCCAGUAAUAAAGUUGUAACAUUUA